UUGAAACAGCAUUCUUACAUAAUAAACUUUCAGAUGAAGUCAGUACAAGGCGAUAUGUCUUUUGACCAUGCCAGGUUAAUUAAAGCCUUAAAUAAUCCUGAAAUGGCGUAUGAUUUGGGUGUAAUUUCACAAUUAAUCUACAAGAACAGCAGAGCACAUCGAUGUCAAAAAUAUUUCCAAGCACUGAAGAAAAUUGAUCGGCACAUGCAUGAAUUUCAUUCACUCAAGCUUUCACAGUACCGGUAUUUUAAAACAAUGAGAUCUAAGCAGGGUGAAGAGAUGGGCAAAGAUACACAAUUUAUUUUGAGAUUUGCUAUUCAAUUAUUGAAAGAAGUGGAAAACAAUUGCUUAGAAACUGUGAAGUCAUGUCUGCCACAAAUUAAUUUGGAAAGAUUUAUUUCCCUUCACACUCUGCACAUAAAUGUUGUCAGUAAUAUUUGGAAACACGUAAAGGAACUCAUCACAGAACUGGAAACAUGGUUAGAGACUAGAGACCCAAUAGAAUCAUCCCAAACUCGUAAUGGAAUUUCAAUGGAAGAAUCUAUUCAGCACAAACGAAAAUUAGGCUCUGAGAGUCUAUUUGGCAAACCACUGACUGUUACGACAGUGGAGCCAUUAGUUGAUUUAGGUGAGGUGAUAUCAAGAGACGACUCGCUCAUAAAUCAAAAUUUAACUCCUGCAAAUGAUACCAAUACAAACUUAAACUCUCCUAUGUCAGGAAACGAGGAUGUAGUAAUGAGAACUCCUAUCGACUUGAAUAAGUCAAGCAGACGAUAUUCAAACUCUCCAUUACGCUGGAGACCCUACCAUUUCAGUUUUCUGAAACACUGUUUUCAUCAUGCGAAAAGAAAGAGCUGCGGACUAGAUCUUUAAAAAUUCUGCUUUACUGUUAUGUCUUUGCAAUAUCAAUUCAACUGCCAUUUGCUGUACAUAACAUAUUUAUUCAAAAGUGAAAAUACAAAUAUGGAUGAACAAAUGGCAAGAAAAAAGGUAAAUUAGAGAUUGCACCAGCUUCUUAAAAACCCAGAACUGCAAGGUGUUAAUAUAUCGGCCAACAACAAAAAGGGGAGUCUCUUUAAAAUUAGUUUGGGCUAUGUCAACUUGAUUUCCAUUCCAUUAGGUAAAAAAGGGACACCUAUAGGGGGUAUAUUCACUUGGAUAACACAGACAGUCAGUCCUAAACUCGUAAAAUAAGGAAAAUCGGUAUGAAAUUAUGGCCUGACCUGGUAAGCACACUAUGGAAGUACCAAAAAAAUCAAAACCUGAAAAUACAUUCUACUAACUGGUGUGAAACUUGUCCUAAUCUUUAUUCCAACUUUGUUUCCAUAUACAACCGAUAUGUAUGGGGAGUCCCAUCCCACACUCUUUAUAGAAAAGCAAUCUGAUGAAUUUGGAUAUUUUCCCCAGAAAAUUGCUACAUAGCAGUUUUAAAUUGCGUCUGCUACUGGUUCAGGUCAAUUUAUACUCCAGGGAAUUCUAAAUCUGAAUUAAUAUUCACCAAAAACAAGAGGAUUUUCUGAAGAUCGCUAGAGUUGCCGUUCUAGAUUUUAUUGACGCAACAUUAUU